UAAUAUUUAAUAUUGUUUAAAUAAUUAACAUAGUCAAGAGACUGCAAAAGGUUGUCUCUGAUAUAGCUCUUUCUCUGUAUGUAUAGCUCCAUUGAUGUUCUGGUGAUUCGUCAACAUGAAUUCUAAUGGAAAAAAAAUAUCCUUCUUAUUCAAUAAACUUUCCAAGAAACCAAACGCUUUUAGUUCGAUUCCAAAGGAAGAUAAAUCUGUAGAAUUCAUAGACUGUUUGGAAGGAACAGAAAUAAAAGUUAAAAAUGCAAUUGAAAAAAUUGAAAAAGCUCCUUUGGUUAUUCCAAUUAAAGGUGAUGCAAAUAAUAUAGUUAGCCAAAUUGAACGUGAAAGUCUCAAAAAUAAAAAAAUUAAAACGGAAACAAGUAGUGAAGAUUUGAGGCCUGAUUCUGAAUUGACAAUCGAAGAAUUAGCAGCAAGACAGCUUUUGAGGGAGGCUCGAAAUAAAUUGGAGCAAAAUAAAGAUACUACUAAAAUACAUACUCUUCCUCUUGAGGACAAUGCAGCUGUUCAAGAUGGUAUAGAACCAUCCAUGGAUGAUUAUGAAAGUGUACCAAUUGAAGAUUUUGGUCUAGCAUGUUUGAGAGGUAUGGGAUGGAAAGAAGGAAUGUCAAUUGGAAAAAAUCAAUCUAAAUGUGUUAAACCUCCUGAACCUAAUCUUAGACCUAAGGGUUUGGGCUUGGGGGCUCAAAAAAUUCUAGAUAUACAAAAUAAAGAUGUUUUUGAUAAAAAUGGUAAAAAGUUAGUACUGGCUAAAGGAGUUUUUGCUAAAAUUGUUGCUGGAUCACAGAAGGGAAAGUUAUGUGAAGUACAAUUUUGUGAUGAAUGGUCUGGAAGAGUUGCUGUUAAACUAAAUAAUACAGAUGAAAUUGUGACCCUCAACGGACUAUUCCUUGUACCGAUUACUAAGGAAGAUUUUAUUCGGGAAUCAAAAGUUAUCAAUAAUGCAAAAUUUGAGCAAUAUAAACUAAUGGAAGAAAAUAAGAGAGGUUCUUCUCAUGACAAAAUUUUUAUUGAUGGGGAACCAAAAUCUUCAGAAGAAAUAUAUGAGAAUAGAGCUGGUACGUCCCAAAUAAAGAAAGAAGAAGUUUCAACUCCUAAAUAUGACAGGAUGAGAGGAGAUCAAACUAUAAUAAAAGCAGAACAUUCUUCUGAUGAAGAUAUUUCUGUUAAAUCCGAAUCUGGAAUUGAUAAAUAUGAAACUGUAAAGAAGAAAUUAAAAGAUUCAAGUACUAAAGAAUUCAAUCGAGAAUCAAAAUAUGAUUAUGAAAGAACCAGAUCUAAAGAAAAAUACAUUGAUCAGAAUAUGUCAAAAUAUGGGAAAGAUUCAAAAGACUGUAAUACAUCAAACACAAUGAAUGAAUCAAGCACAAGUGAUUCUUCAGAUGAUUCUGAUAAAAGGAAGCAUGCAAAACCUGAAAAGAGCAGAAGUAAACCUGAAAAAUGGCAUUCUGAAAGGAGAAAAUCAAAAACAAAGAAUGCUAGCAGAUCGGAAGAAUCACCUGAUGAAUAUGAAAGGAAGAAAUCGAAGAUAAGAAAUAGGAGUAGAUCAAGAAGUUCUUCAAUAGAGUACGAUAGAAAAUACAGAGAAAAAACUUAUAAAUAUAGGAAAGAUUCUAAGGAUAACAGGAGAGGAAGAGAUUAUUCAGAUGAUGAUUAUGAAGAAAAUAGGAAUUCAAGAAAAUGUAAUAAGAAUGCUACUAGCAGAUCGGAAAAAUCACCUGAAGAAUAUGGAAGGAAGAAAUCGAAGAUAAGAAAUAGGAGUAGAUCAAGAAGUUCUUCAAUAGAGUAUAAUAGAAAAUACAGAGAAAAAACUGAUGAGUAUAUGAAAUAUUCUAAAGAGAAGAGGAGUGGAAGAGAUUCUUCUCGUUAUUCAGAUGAUGAUUAUGAAGAAAAGAAGAAUUCAAGAAAAAGUAAUAAAGACUCGAGAGAGGAAAUCCAAAGGGAUAAAAAUACACAAAAAAGCAAAAAAAAGAAGAGCCAUAAAAAGAGAAGGGAUAGUUCUUCUGAGUCAGACUAUUCAAAAGAAAAAAUAAAGCAUAAAUCAAGACAUUGAGAUCUAAUAAUUCAUUGCUCUUGUGAAAAUGUUUCAGGCUGUUACUCCUUGGAAAAUAUGACCAAUGAGCUUGAAACUGAUAAGAUUUCUAUAUUUUGUAAAUAUUGUACAUCUGAUAUUCUUUUGUUUACCAUUUCUCUUUUUUGAAAUAAAUAUCAGUUUUGUA